AUGGCAAACGCCAGUCAUUGCGCCACCUGCUUUGAGACCUUGACCGCUGACCUUGAAGAUAGAGACGCAUUGGGGUUUGAGCAGGUACAAGAUCUAUGGGGGCGCUAUGAACUAUAUCAAAAGAGCAAGCAGAAAGCCUCAGGUGUCGGAAACCAGCACUCUGAAGAUGGCGAGGAGCUGGAAGGUGAUGAGGGCGCCGCGGAAGGGUUGGAAGAAGAUGACGGGCUUGACAUAAUCCACGCGGAGCCAGAGCGUCGGCCUGCAACUCGUUCGACUCUGCAAAUUCCCUGCAUAUCGCGGCUGCAAGCAGUCUCUCCAGCUUCCGCAUCGUCCUUAUCCUCUACGUCGUCAUCGCUAUCCACAACAUCCUCAAGUGCUGCUCUGAACGGGAACUCCAAAUCCUCAUCGAACUCGUCAUUCUUCUCCUUCGGCCGCUCGAAACAGCCAUCACCAGCUGUACCAAAGGUAGAAGAGCAUCCCCUGUUUAUCACGUGGAACACCAUAUCCCAACGGACUGGAAACAAGAAUCUACGAGGCUGUAUUGGCACAUUCGACUCUCAAGAACUCUCGAGCGGCCUGGGCAGCUACGCCCUGACAGCUGCCUUCAACGACAGCCGCUUUCCACCUAUCGGCGCUUCAGAACUGUACAGCCUCUCAUGUAGCGUCACCCUUCUCAUGAACUUCACGACAUGCUCUUCUCCGUUCGACUGGACGCUCGGUGUUCACGGUAUCAAGAUCUCGUUUUCACACCACAACAGACGAUAUGGGUCAACCUACCUACCAGAUGUGGCUACCGAGCAAGGCUGGACGAAGGAAGACACUCUUGCUAGUCUGAUGAAAAAGGCUGGGUGGAGUGGGCGCAGCCGGGAAUGGCGUGAGGUGUUUGAGAAAGGGAAAGGGACAGUGGUAAGGUAUGAGGGGAGCAAGGCGACCUUGAAGUGGGAUGAGUGGGCGAGGUGGAGAGAAUGGAUGAGGAGUGUUGCGACUACAUAG